ACUCCUCCUUCUGUGCAAAUUGUAUUGGGUUCUUCAGCAUGGCCGCUGUGCUCACGAAUUCCGAAGUCCGAUUACUUAAAUAUUAAACUUAAAUACAGUUAACGGCUAGAUACAGAUUUAAUAUGAUUUGCAUUAGCACUGAUAGCUCCUCUAGUUUUUUUCUUAUGAGUCGCGUAUGGAUUUACCUGCUUUCUGCGCUAUGCGCGCUUCUCUCGCCUGGUAUUCAUCAGGUGGAGGGAAUGGAGGUGUUUACAUCCUCAGAGUUGGAGGCAGUCAACGGAACAAAUGUACUGCUGAAAUGUACAUUUAAAUCUACCUAUCCUCUGUCUGAAGACAGAAUUUCAGUAUCCUGGAGCUUCAAGCCACUUGGACAGACAGUAGAAGAAUCGUUUUUUCAUUACCAGCAAAAAUCAUUUCCCCCAACCAGUGGCCUGUUUAAGGAUCAUGCUGUAUGGUCUGGUAAUGUAAUAAAGAGGGACGCCUCUAUUACAUUGCAGAAUGUGCAGUUCACAUUUAACGGAACCUUCAGCUGUCAGGUCCGAAAUCCACCCGACAUCCAGGGCUUUGCAGGCGAGAUCAUUCUGAAAGUUGUCAGUAAAGUCACAAUCUCUGAGAUAGCAAUUCUGGCUAUAGCUGUGGGUGGAUCCAUCGGCCUUAUUCUCCUCAUCCUUAUCAUCUAUGUCUUUGUGCGGUUAUACAUAAGAAACAAGAAGGACAUGUCGCUUGAGAUGGAUGAACAAAGAUCAAAAGAUGGAGUGUUGUAAGAGAAGAUGCCUGACUGCUUUUAAUGAUUGUGUGCUAUCAGAGCUGUGUGUCUGGACAACAUGCAAUUAGUUUGUAAGAAAUUCACAAUAUUUUUUGAUAUCAAUUUAUGAAUGCUUUUAUACAAUAGGCAAGUUCUAUUAUUUUUUAAAUGACUGUUUUACAGUGUCCUUCUUUUACAUUUACAGAGGUGCGUAAGCCUGUAUAAUUUUUCAACUGAAUUAAAGUAGGGGUUUUAUAUGCUGAAUACAUAAUCAUUAUGAACAAUGUAAAUAUCAAAUUAAAGAUUUGUGUAUUUUUUAAACAAUAUCAAAUGCUGCGAUGUGUUCCAUGUAAACCAUUAGUGUUCUGCCUGAUCCAUGCCAGUGGACUGUUCAUGUGCAUAGCUAAGAGUAUUUUUUUUUGCAUAUUUAAUUAUUUUUACACUUUGAAAUUCAGAGAAAUUGACACAUGCUUUGAAAAACAGUUAAUUUGUCUGAAUUCUCCAUACUGGUAAACAGGGCUGCCCAAUAUAUAUCGAAAUUAUUGAAAUAUCAGAAACAUGCAUAUGACAAUAUGCACAUCAAAAUAGCUUGCAAUAACUAAAUCAUUUGAAUUCUUCUGAAGGUUAUAUACAGUACUGUGCAAAAGUCUUAGGCCACCAUGCCACAAUUAGAUUUGUUGUUUUUGCAUUUGUAUAGUGAUCAUAUUUUUUCUCAGUCUCUUUAUUAAAAUACAACCAGAAAAUACAGGAAAUGAGUAUGUAGUAUUAAAAACAGUAUAAAGGUAUACGCUAAAGUGUCAUGUAUUUAGGAUAAACUCCCCUUCCACUUGAGCAAUUGCAGGCAACUGCAGGAUCUCUUAAAUCUAAAUGAAAUUAAAUAAUUCUAAUCGAAUGACUUCAGGACUUCAGUCUCCUAAAAAAUAAACUCAAGAUGUGUUUCGUGCCAAGAGAGGUCACACUUACUGACUGAUGCCUGAAGACAUUUAUUUCAACAAAUUGUUUUGUUUUUUAUUUUGUGUACAUAUUUCCUGUAUUUUCUGUUUUAUAAUAUUGCAUAUUGUUUAUCUCAUCUUUUUGCAAGUUAUUAUAUAUCAAAUUUUUUCCCAAUAUUGUGCGGCCCUACUUUUUUAUAGACUUUUACAUGCUGUUUAUGUACAUGCAUUAGUGCAUUAGAUUUGAACUGUCUAAGUACUCCAAUCAAGAUGAUAAACAUAAACUUUCACUGCAACUAGAAAUGCUUCUAAAUGAGUAGAACAAUUAUAAGAUCAUGCUGAUUUUGUCAAAAACCAGUGACCUGCUUAGAGACUUAAUUUGUGAUUUUGUGAAACUCAUGUAAGCUGAUUGGCUAAAAACAAUUAUAGAAUGCAUACAGAGUCCAACUUUCUUUAAUUGUAGAAUGGUGUACUUGUGAAUCAUGCUGAAUUAUUAAAAAUCUAAACACA